AUAAGCAUGCUGCGGCGGUUUCAUCAGCUGAAGGGGGAACAUGUGUUUGUGUGUUUGUGGAAUUAAUUAAACUCUUCAAUUAGAUACUUAUAUAUAAUUGAUAAACAUGCUUCAUAUAUCCAGGCUGACGCCUCAGAGGACUGUUGCAUCUCUCGCAAGAUCAUCUUGUUUGCUCAGAAGAUGCAAAUCAUCAUCUGUCCAAGAUGCUGUCCGAACUCUAAAAGAUGGAGACAGACUACAUGGAUACACAGUGAAAAGGGUGGUUGAGAUCCCAGAACUGAUGACUACAGGUGUGAGUUUAGAGCAUGAUAGAACUGGUGCACAGCAUUGCCACUAUGCUCGAGAGGACAGCAACAACACAUUCAGUGUGAUGUUUAGGACAACACCUAUGGAUAAUACUGGAGUGCCCCACAUUCUUGAACACACCACAUUGUGUGGAUCACAAAAGUACCCUGUGAGGGACCCUUUCUUCAAGAUGCUGAACAGGACACUAGCCACAUUCAUGAAUGCUAUGACAGCUAGUGACUGGACUGUCUAUCCAUUCUCUACACAAAACCAAAAGGACUAUGAGAACCUCAUGUCAGUAUAUCUGGAUGCCGUCUUCUAUCCUCAGCUCCGUGAAUUGGACUUCAGACAAGAAGGAUGGCGUUUAGAACAUGAGGAUCCAAACAAUCCCGAAUCCCCGAUCCUAUUUAAGGGUGUGGUCUACAACGAGAUGAAGGGAGUGUUUUCUGAUUCCAUGAACAUAUUUAUGCAAGCUGUCCAGAACAAACUGAUGCCAAACCAUACCUAUGGUGUUGUAUCCGGGGGAGAUCCACCAGCCAUCACAGGCCUCACCUGGCAACAGCUGAAAGACUUCCAUCAUUCCCACUACCAUCCGACCAACUCAAAGUUCACAACGUAUGGUGACAUCCCUUUAGAGCGCCACCUAGAGCUCAUUAAUGGAAACUACCUGGAGAAAUUUGACCGAAUCAGCAUUGAUACACGAGUGCCACUGGAGCCCCGAUGGAGCGAGUCUAGAACAGCACACAUCACAUGUUCCUACGACCCAACGGCCACCGAGAAGCAGACAACAGUCUCAGCCAACUUCUUACUGUCCGAAAUUUCAGAUAUAUUUGAAUCCUUCACGAUGAAUAUCAUUUGCACCCUUUUGACGGAUGGAGAAACAUCUCCCUUUUAUCAGGCUCUACUUGAGGCAAACAUCGGAUCUGAUUAUGCCCCAUUGACAGGGUAUCAAGGAGAAAUGAAAGAAGCAGCUUUUAGUGUUGGACUGCGGGGCAUUCAUACUGAUGAUGUAGAUAAGGUCAAGGACAUCAUCAGUGCGACCUUUGACAAGGUCAUCAGUGAGGGUUUUGACCAGAAGAACAUUGAUGCCCUACUACAUCGUAUCGAGCUGGGACUGAAACACCAGUCUGCAAAUUUUGGCCUCAACAUGGCAUUGAAUCUGGCCUCAGUCUGGAACCAUGACGGAGACCCAAUGUUGGCACUUCAGAUCAACAGACAGAUUACACAAUUCCGACAGGCCCUCACUGACAACCCAUCCUUCCUUCAGGACAAGGUCAAACAGUACUUCAAGGACAAUCCCCAUUGUCUGGUGAUCACUAUGGAGCCUGACAAAGACUUUGAGGAGGUCAGAAGCAAAGAGGAAUCCGAAAGACUGAAGCAGCAUGUUAGCCAACUGACCGCUGCUGACCGCAAGAUUAUUCUAGACACAGGAAAGGAACUUCUGACAAAUCAGAUGACUCCCGAGGAUGUGAACUGCCUUCCCACAAUCCACCUGGAUGAGAUUGAAAGAAAAAUAAAGCCUGAAGCAGUAGAAGCUAUCAAACUAGGAGGAGUUUCGGUACAGAAAUGUGCGGCACCAACCAAUGGAGUAUCCUACCUGAGGAUGAUAUCAAACCUGGCCUCCGUGUCGGAUGACCUCAAACCCUACAUACCUCUCUUCUGUAAUGUUAUAACUAAGAUGGGAGCUGGAGACCAUGACUACAAGUCUCUAUCACAGGAUAUAGACUUAUAUACAGGGGGACUGUCUGCUGGGGUUCAUGUCAAGGCUCAUCACACAGACGACAACAUGUAUGAACAGGGUGUAAUGUUUACCUCCCACUGUUUAGAAAGGAAUCUGGAGAAGAUGUUGGGACUCUGGACUGAUGUAUUUUCCAGACCCGACCUAAAGGACAAUGACCGAUUCUUGACCUUAGUCAAUAUGACAGCUGCUGAGAUGUCAUCGUCAGUCGUCAGCAUGGGUCACUCCUUUGCUAUAAGUCAUUCCAGGGCAGGACUGACCCCCGCAGGAUUUCUACAGGAACAGUUUGGAGGCAUGACACAGCUAGAGCUUUUGAAUUCUAUUGUUGGAGGGGACCAAGAGUCAGUCUUCAAGGUCAUAGAUAAAAUGGAAGAGAUCGGCAAAUGUUUAUUGAAUAAGUCCAACUUAAGUACCUCCCACUGUUUAGAAAGGAAUCUGGAGAAGAUGUUGGGACUCUGGACUGAUGUAUUUUCCAGACCUGACCUAAAGGACAAUGACCGAUUCUUGACCUUAGUCAAUAUGACAGCUGCUGAGAUGUCCUCGUCAGUCGUCAGCAUGGGUCACUCCUUUGCUAUAAGUCAUUCCAGGGCAGGACUGACCCCCGCGGGAUUUCUACAGGAACAGUUCGGAGGCAUGACACAGCUAGAGCUUUUGAAUUCUAUUGUUGGAGGGGACCAAGAGUCAGUCUUCAAGGUCAUAGAUAAAAUGGAAGAGAUCGGCAAAUGUUUAUUGAAUAAGUCCAACUUAAGGGUUGCAUUGAAUACGACCCCUGAAUCCAUGGAUAUGACCUUGAAGUCUGUAGAAGGAUUUUUGUCUUCGUUACCUGGGGAGGCCUUAACCUCCAACUUCCUCACAAAAGACAUAGAUUAUAAGGUGACAGAGUCGCUGACACAGUUUGAACGCCCCUUCUCGGUCAAUUACAUGGGGAAAUCCUUCCUAACAGUGCCUUAUACUCAUGAAGAUUUUCCAAGAUUACGAGUUCUUGCCAAACUGAUGUGGGCCAAGUUUUUACAUAGAGAAAUAAGGGAGAAAGGCGGAGCUUACGGAAGUGGAGCAGUCUGUUCGGAUGGUGUCUUCUCACUGUUCUCUUACCGGGACCCUAAUUCUUUGAAGACCCUUGAAGUGUUUGACGAAGCAGUGAAGUGGCUAGGCAGAGGAGAUUACACGCAUAGUGAUGUGGAUGAAGCGAAAUUAUCAGUUUUUCAAGAGACAGACAAGCCAGUGACUCCAGGUAGCACAGGGAUGACACAAUUUACUAAUGGAGUCACAGAUGAGAUGAAACAAACCAUGCGUGACCAGCUAUUCCAGGUGUCUAAAAAGGAUGUUACUGAUGUUGCUCUCAGAUAUUUAAAGAAAGGUCAGAGGUCAAAUGCAGUAUCAUUCCUGGGUCCAGCCAAUCAAACAGUACAAGAGGAUCAGAGAUGGAAGGUCAUCAAGAGCUGAUGAAGACCAAGAUUCACUUACACCAUUUUUGAUUGGACGAUUAAAUAACACUUAAAAAUCAUAUGAGUCAGAGUAUAUGAAUGUAUGCAUCUUAAUGACAUUAAUGAUCAAAUUCAUUGACAGUGAGUGUGUGGUAUAUAGUUUGUUUUAAUGAUCAAAUCAAAAUGUUGUGGGUUUUUUUGUGCAAUUGAGAUAAUUAUUGGAAUUAAAAGCAUUCAAAAUUUUACACAAAAGUUAAAGCAAGUUUAAAAAAAACAUUGACAAAUGCUGUCAAAUUUGUAAUGACAAACUUGAACAAUAUGGUUAUUAGAUAGAACAGUAUGGUUAUUAGAUAUCCAAAUAUCCAUGAAGUAAUCAGUUUUCUAAUAUAGGGAUAAACUGUAGCCGAAAGAAAGAUGAGUUAUUGCAGGACAAUUUAAAAAAAUUGUUUACAUUUUUGCUGAAUUACAAUAGACAUAUGGGAAGGGUUUAUUAUCAGGCAUUGGCUGAUUGUUGAAUAAAUAUGGUGUGUUUGUGUAACUGUUAUGCUUUAAGCCUACAGUCUGAUAUUUAUUACUCCUAUAAACGACAAGCAUGUAAUAACUUAUACUAGGUAAACAGAUUUAUAAGUAGAAUAAAAAGUUAUGCUCGCUCAGAAGAGGAAUGUCCUGUUUCCGAUUAAACACCAAUGAGGAGGGAAUUGGUAUGAUUGGUUGUUAGGUUUAUCGCCCUGUGAACAACAAGGGUAAUUUUUAGGCAAAUAUCUACUUGUAGUAGCUGAUGGCUCCCUGUAGUAGCUAGUGGUUACCUCACUAAACAGUUUCCACGAGAAACACAACCCAUUGGGUAGGGAGCAUCGGAAUUCAUUAUAACCUUUAAAUAGAAUAUGAAAGCUAUAUAUAUAUAUAUAUAUAUAUUUGUGAGUUCGCGAGUGUUUGUUUAUAUUAUGGUGAUAUGUUUAGUAGAAAUUGUGUGUGAAUGUAGGGUAUUGUUUUAAUAAAACAU